CCGCCAGCCUCGCCGACGAGAAGGGGCCGGGGCCGGAGCCGGAGCCGAGCAGCCGCACCAUGAAGUUUCCCCAGGGCUGCGACCGCGACCGUGACUGCGACCGCGCCGGCCGCCGCCGCCGCCGCCCGCCCGCCCUCCGCGCCGCCGCCGCCCUGCCGCCGCUGCUGCUCCUCCUGCUGCUGCCGCGGGCCGCCGCCGCCCCGCUGGCCGCCGCCGACUCUUCGGGGGAGGCCGAGCCGGAGGAGGCGGCGGGGCGGCGGGCGGCGCUGCCCGACUGCGUGCGGCUGGCCCGGCUGCUGCACGCCCGGGCGGCCCAGCUGCAGGAGGAGGUGGGUACGGGGCGGCCCGGGGGGUCGCGCACAGCCGGCCCGGGGGCGGCCGCCUCCGGCCGAGGUGCGACGAAAGCUCUCGGUGUCUCUCCCCAGAUGUGCGAGAAGUUCACCGUCUGCAAGAACAGCAUGGAAAUGCUCGCCCAGAACAACCUCAACCUCCCCAAGGUGACGGAGGAAGACGGGUGCCUGCUCGCCGGCUUCGAUGAGGAUAAAUGCUUGAGGAAAAUCUCCAGCGGGCUUUAUACGUUUCAGACGUACCUUGAAUACAUACAAGAAACUUUUACUAGUGAAAAGCAAAACGUUCAAUCGCUGUGCUAUAGUACAGAGCUCCUGGCACAUACCAUAAGACAGAUGGUGGUCAAUCCCGAUGAAGUGAUCAUCCCAGACUCCGCUACCCAGGAAUCCCUCCGUGCAAAACUGAAGUCCAAUAAGAACUGGAUAGAGAAAAUCACCACCCACCUCAUCCUCCGAGACUUUACUUCAUUUAUGGAGAAAACAGUGAGGGCCGUUCGCUACUUGAAAAAUACCAGGAGUUUCAGUGUCUGAAUGUU